CUCUCUGUCCCAUUGCAAAAUGAGUAAAAUUGCUAAAUGUUCUCUCCGCCCAAUGGCAAAAUGUGUAGAAUUGCAGAAAAUGUACUUUAAAAUGAACAUUCUUCUCUCCGCUGUCAAGAGGGGGGUGCACUAAAGGCUAGGCAGGCUGUGAUUGGUACCGUGGCCCUUUUCUAUUGGAGUGCAAUGGAGCCAAAUGUUCUGUUUUCUCUUAUCAAAACUGGUUGAAUUGCUCUUUUAACCCUGUAGGCACCUACAACAUUCCACAGGUGAGAGAAAUGACACAGUAAACAAGAGAAAGUACAAACAAAUGAAUUAUGCUUUUUUGGGAGGGAUAAAGAAAAUAUGCAUGUUUCCACCAACAACAAAAAAUCAGUGCGCGAUGAAGUAAUACACACAAAAUGUCAUUUUCAGCUCAAGUUUUCAUGUACCGUGGUUAAUGUCAUGGAAAUAUAGCUAUUGAAUGUAACAGGGAAAACUGUGUGACCUGGCGCAAGCAGGAUGAGCUACCAUAAAUCAAGUGCAAAUCAAAACUCUCCGCAAUCUAUGCACAAUGCUCAUUCAAAAAUGUUGCUAUCAUUGGCAAUAAUCAGUGCAAUACCAACGUAUUAUGUUGAUUAAAACAUGUAAAUAGGCUUAUUAAGUCAACAUCAUAGGCAACUUCUCAAUUCAAUGUGCAUUCAAGUUCAGACAGUUUGGGCAAUAAAGACUAGACCUGGCUUUAUAAAGAAAACAGGCUUAUGAAAUGUAUUAAUUCACACAGAGCAUUUAAAAGUGGCUAAAGAGUCAAAGGAAUCCAAUAUUUUGACAUGCCAAUUUAUGCGAAUUAAACUGCAGUGAAUUAACCUGCAGGUUUCAACAUCCAAUCAGAGAGCAGCAUGCAAAUGUUGCAGAUAGGUGAGAGAUGAGGGAGGGGUGGAUAUUUUUGGAUAUUUCUUUUAGAACAGUAGCCUACCUGUCACAGACAAACUUGUUACUGUAAAGGGAAGGACUUUACAGAUGCUGAGAGGUUUUGCUGGCGGGUCUAGUUCCCUAUCUUAUUGGUCUUAUCAGAGCGUUAUGGUAUCUGAACAACACUUAAGAUGUAGGCCGUCAUUGUAAAUAACAAUUUGUUCUUAACUGACUUGCCUAGUUAAAUAGAGGUUACAUUUAAAUCAAAAAAGAUAACGAGACAUUGUUCUUAGAAUGGAGCUGUUAUCUUGAGAGUUCAUCAAUUGCAUGUAAUUCUUGGAGUAAUGUGUAGGACAUGUUGUUUUACCCUUGCCGACAUUCUUCUGCGAUAGUGAGAUAGACAGGAUUGUAGUUCUCUAUAUAUGUUUAUAGAGAUACAUGUAGUAUGGACAUAGAUCCAGUACGGUUGGAGUCCAGUCUAUGGGUCGGUAAGAAACGUUACCGGGCAGCACUUACUGGCUGGCACCUCAACUGGACUGAGCUUGAUAAGAAGAACCGCGAUAAGAAGACCGUUUCAGUACCAGUAUCUGAGGUUAUUGGUGUGGAGGAAGGGCGUGUGCAGGUUCUACCCCAGAGGUCAGUAGCUGAAGACACAGACAGAGAAUUCACAGUGUUCUAUGUGAAACGCAGCAGCAGCGGUAGUCCCUAUGGGUUGUUAUGGCGCCUGGGCAGGUCCCAGUUCUGCUGUCCCAGUAGGGACCUCAGAGACCAGUGGAUGACCCAGCUGAGGAUUGCCCUCAAAACACACAGCCCCUCUCGUCCUCACAGGCUGUUGGUGUUCAUCAACCCGUUUGGAGGAAAGAAACAAGGGAGGCAGAUCUAUCACUCUCUAGUGGCCCCACUGUUUGAGCUGGCAGGUAUCAGCUCUCAUGUUGUAGUGACAGAACGCGCCAACCAGGCGAGAGACCACAUACUGAAGAAAGACCUGACUGGUUUCGAUGGUGUGGUGUGUGUGGGCGGGGACGGAAUUUUCAGUGAGCUGCUGCACGGUGUUAUUGGCCGAACACAGCAGGAGGCAGGGCUAUCGGAGCAUGACCCCUCCGUAACGCUACAGUCAUGUGAUCUUCACAUUGGCAUCAUUCCUGCAGGCUCUACAGACUGUGUGUGUUUCGCCACUGUGGGAGUCAACGACCCAGUGACCUCUGCUCUGCACAUUAUCAUUGGAGACUCUCAGCCUCUGGAUGUGUGUUCUGUCCACCAUUGCUCGUCUCUGGUGCGUUACUCUGUGUCUCUGGUGGGGUACGGGUUCUAUGGUGACGUGCUGGCUGAGAGCGAGAGACACCGCUGGAUGGGGCCUCUCAGAUAUGACUACUCAGGUGCUAUGGUGUACCUAAGUAACAGGAGCUAUGCAGGCGUAAUUCAGUACCUACCAGCAGACUCCCAGCUCUCCAGCCCCAGGGACAAUACACGCUGCCUCUCUGGGUGCAGUGUGUGUUCUAAAGGCACAGAGAGACUGUUCCCCCACUCUCCAGGUGCUAGUUCCCUCUACAGCUCCCACUUCAGUCAAUUCAGCAGUGACACUGAGGGUGAGUGGGUGAGUGUGGAGGGCCGGUUCAGGGCUGUGUCCCUCACCUGUAUGUCCAGCUCCUGUCCUCGCAGUCCCCUGGGCCUGUCCCCCUCCGCACACCUGGCCGAUGGGACAGGUGACCUGAUCAUCGUACGGGACACACACCCCUUAGGGUUCCUUACCUUCCUACACAGACACACCAGCACACAGGACCAGUUUGACUUGCCGUUCGUGGACGUUCACCGAGUGAAGGCAGUACGCUUUUCUCUCCCUACCGGAGAAGAGGAGGACAGGGAUGAAGAGCGGGAGAGAGUGAAUGAUGGAGGGAUGACGGAGGAAGGAAAGAGACCAAGCCGAAGCGGUUCCCACAAGCACCUGGUAGAAAGAGGAGAGGAGCGAGGGCAGAAAGACUUCCUGUGUGGUUUGUGCUGCAGUAAGGCUCCUACAGUGUCUGUGUGGAACUGUGACGGAGAGAUACUGCCUCACACUGAGAUCUCCUGCAAGGUUCAUGGUCAGCUGGUGCGUCUGUAUGCCCGGGGCAUUGAGGACGGAUCAGCCACUCCCACCAGGAAGUGCCAAGACGGACACAGGAAGUGCAAAGGGAGAUGUGUCCUCAACAACUGAGGAAGGCUGUGUUAGGGUCCAUUCACACUACUUGUAGGGAAAAACACUAUGCCAGAGAUGAUGACAUUAAUGAUUGGAAUCAAUGAUUUUGCCGGGUACGACCAAUGAAAUGGCUUCCUUUCUGUUUCCAGUGUGAGUAUUUCAAUACCUAAGUCUUAAGAUGGAGGUUUGAAUAUGAAGGCAGUUAUAGGAAUACUUUUUUCUACAUAAAAUGCCUUGAUGCCAGUAGCCUAUGACAUCUUCUAUGACGUCUUCUGUUAACAUGUUAUGUUCACUUAAGCAGUUUUUUGCAGUUAUGAAAAUGUUGUACACACAACAAUUGAAAACCUAAUAAAUGUACACACCUUUUUACUCU